GAAAAUUCUAGUACUACUAAUACAAAAUUAAAAGAUACAUCACUAUCUAAGAUUCUAAGUGUCAUACUAAUGUUCACUAAUAAAGAACAACCUUAUCAACAUUUCAACAUGAUAUCCACAUAUACUUACACUGUUCUAUCAUAAAUUUGGGGAAAAAAAAAAAAAAAAAAAAAAAAACAAACAAACCCUGAAAAUCACCUGUUUUCUGUAAAACCCAAACAUUUUAUUAAAGUUAUUAAUUUAUCAAUUAUCUCAGUACAAUAAACUCUACGAUUAUCAAAUUAUCAACCUUCAAAUUUUCAAAAUAUGAAUAACCCAAUUUUUAAUCUCAUCGUAUUAUUACUUCUCAUCAAUUUCUGCAAAAUUUCAUCAUCUUCCCCAAAAUCAUCUAUAAUUUUUACAACACUAGGAAGAUCAAGGUACAAAUUCGACAUCUACACUUUACCAAUUAGCAUAACUCAAUCUCCACCUUCAAUUUCAUUCAAUCAUCAAGAACUCAAACUCACUGAUGGAGUUUCAGUCAAUUUUAAUGGCCAUUUCCCCAUUAAUUCAUCCUCAAUUUUCUCUCUCCUAAAUCAACCCACUUCAUCUUCUACUUUCCAGAUCGUUUACGUCACCGAACGAAACGGGACUUCCAGUAUCUUCCUUGACUCUGUUGAUGUUGCUGAUGAUUCAUGGACUCGACCCGGGUUUAGGGUCGCCCUCGAGGCGGGUGAUCGAGAUCGAGUACGAGUUCCAUUACUAGAUGGAACUAAGUCGAAGGUUUCAAUGAAAGAUAGCCCGAGUUUAGUUGGGAAAGAGUUGGUUUACGUGUCGACUCGUGAGGAUUCGGGUGUGCCUAGGACUAGUUGGGCAGCGGUGUAUUCUAUGGAUAUAUUUAGUGGUGAAACUCGAAGGUUGACACCGGUUGGGGUGGCGGAUUUUAGCCCUGCCAUGUCGCCUUCGGGGGUUUACACGGCCGUGGCGUCGUAUGGUGAGAAGGGAUGGGGUGGGGAGGUGGAGGAGCUUGGGACAGAUAUUUAUGUGUUUUUUACUAGAGACGGGUCGGGCCGGGUCAAGGUUGUUGAGCACGGCGGGUGGCCAAGUUGGGUUGAUGAUCAUACGUUGUUUUUUCAUAGGAGGGAUGAGAAUGAUGGGUGGUGGAGUGUUUACAAGGCGAGUCUUCCACGAGUUGGCGGAGUUGAGGCCGAGUCGGUGGUGGUUGAACGGGUCACACCACCGGGUUUGCAUGCUUUCACUCCGGGUACUUCACCGGGUAAUGAUGAGUUUAUUGUUGUGGCUACUAGAAGACCUCAAAGUAAUUAUAGACAUAUUGAGGUAUUUGAUCUUAAGAGGAAGGUGUUUAAGGAUGUGACCCGACCCGUUUCGCCCAAAAACCAUCACUUUAACCCGUUUUUAUCGCCCGAUGGAACCCGAGUAGGGUACCAUAAAUGUAAGAUUGGGGGGAACGGGAAGAAGGGAACGGGUGGGGAUCAAAUACUUCUACUUGAAAAUAUUAAGCAUCCGGUUCCCGAUGUCUCUAUAUUUCGAGUUGACGGGUCAUUUCCGUCUUUCUCGCCCACGGGUGAUCGGAUUGCUUAUUUGGCUGAUUUGGAUGAUGGGUUUCUCUAUGUUGUGAACCAUGAUGGGUCGAAUAAGAAGUUGGUUCAUAAAGGAAUGGCUUUUACAACUGCUUGGGACCCGAUAAGAAAAGGUGUGGUUUAUACUAGUGUUGGUCCAAAUUUUGCAUCUGAAAGGACUAAAGUUGAUAUAAUUGCAAUCAACGUGGAUAAUGAUGAUUUGAGCUAUAAAAAGCUAACCCAUGGAGGUGAAAAUAAUGCAUUCCCAUCACCAUCACCUGAUGGUAAAUGGAUCGUGUUUAGGUCAGGCAGAUCGGGUUAUAAGAAUCUUUACAUAAUGGACGCCGAGGAAGGUGAGACAGGUGGUAUCCAUAGGCUAACAGAGGGUCCAUGGACCGACACCAUGUGCAAUUGGUCACCCGAUGGGGAAUGGAUCGCGUUUGCAACCGAUCGUGAGAAUCCGGGUAGUGGAAGCUUCGAAAUAUUCAUGAUCCACCCGAAUGGAACAGGGCUCCAUAAGGUGAUCCAAAGUGGAUCGGGCGGUCGUGCGAAUCACCCAUGGUUUAGCCCAGAUGGGAAGAGCAUUGUGUUUACUUCAGAUUAUGCUGCCGUAUCAGCUGAGCCCAUAUCAAACCCACAUCAUUACCAGCCUUAUGGGGAGAUCUUCAUUGCAAAUGUGGAUGGGUCGAAUGUUCGGAGGCUGACCCAUAAUUCAUUUGAGGAUGGAACUCCAGCAUGGGGGCCCAAGUUUCUGAGCCCAGUAGAUGUGGCCCAACCAACUGAUGAACGUAAAUGCUUGUUUGAUGAUUGUUAUUGGCUUAGUAUAAAGAAUAAGUUUGGUAUGGAGCUUACACUUGAUGCAUCAAUUGGAGCACAAUGCUAUAAGUUGCAAUAAAUUAAUCAACUUCCUAUGUAUAAAGUUUUUCUUAUAAGUUGUAAUAAAUUAAUCAAUCAACUGCCUAUGUAUAAAGUUAUUCUUAUGUAUGCAUAUUAAUAAAAAUGGUAUAGCCUAAUACCAAAGAGCUUGUAAUUAUUUUUACUAGGUUCGAUAAAUAACUCAAUUUAUCACUUUUGUGUUGAUAAUAUAUAAUUGAGUAUAAAA